GUUUCAGUGAUUUCGGUCCCUGUGCUUGUUAGCAGCUAGCUAGCACACCAUAACAAUGUUUUUGUGAAAAUUCAUAUUUAAAUAAAUCAGCACUCAGAUAUCUGUCGAAAUGAAGGCAGCGCCAGUGAAACGGACUUACUCUAAACUGCCUGUGUGGAUUGUGGAAGACCAUCACGAUGUUGUGCCCUACAUCUAUCGGGCCAUCGCCUCUCGCCAUAUUCCACUGAGCGGGAUUAAAAUGGUUCAUCUGGACUCCCACCCUGACCUGCUGAUCCCAGUUAACAUGCCAGCCAGCACAGUGUUUGACAAAGAGGCGUUGUUCAGUGAGCUGAGCAUUGAGAACUGGAUCAUGCCCAUGGUCUUCGCUGGACACGUGUCCCACAUUGCCUGGCUGCAUCCAUACUGGGCUCAGCAGAUCAAGGAGGGGGAGCAUAAUAUUUGUGUUGGCAGAGAUAAGUCAACAACCACCAUCAGGGUCACGAGCACUGAUGAUUACUUUCUGAGUGACGCCCUCUACGUUCCCGCAGACCAGCUUGAGGACUCCAAGUCCUUGCACUUAAGAGUCAUCCAGGUGGAUCCAGUGGACAUGUCUCACAGUAGCCAGGGUCAGAACGACCCCAUCUCUGCUAAGAAACCUAAAACCGAUUCUAAUGGGGAGGUAGACAAAGAGCAGGAUCAUCAACCCAAAACAAAUGAGUCUUUCACAUGCUCGUUUCAGCCACCAGAUGGCAGCAGUACAUCAGGAAACAGUGCAAAUGCCCAGAAAGGCUCAGCUGCAUCUUUUGUAAGCAGCCUGCUUAGUUUCAUGGAGCAAAAUGAUGCUUACAUCCUUGACAUUGACCUGGAUUUUUUCUCCUGUAAGAAUCCAUUCAAGGAUAUUUACACGCAGGAAGAGUACUCCGUCCUGCAGGAAUUGUACAGUUUCAAGAGGCCCAAAGAGCAUGCAGACGAGGAGGAGCUGCUUGACUGCGUGGAGAGACGCACUCGGCAGUUGGAGGAUCUGGAAGCUGCCUUUGCUGACCUGCUAGAGGACGACAGCCAGAACACCAUAGACCGCUGGGCUGCAAACCCUGGGAUGGGAUCUCUGGCCAAACUCGUGUCUAGCCUGAAGAACCGAAACAAAUCACCAGACUAUGAAAUGGUGCAUCAGGCAGGGCUGACCUGUGAUUACUCUGAGCUUCCACACCACAUUAGCAGUGAAGAGGAGAUCCAGCAGCUCCUGCUUGCUGUGCAGCUUGUGCUGGAGGCUCUGCCCAAACCCACUAUAGUCACCAUAUCAAGAUCCAGUUUGGAUGAAUACUGCCCUGCUGAACAGGUGGACUCCAUUCAGAGCAACAUGUUGAACAUUCUUGAAACCCUGUUUGGCUCUUUAGACGUUCAUAAGGAGUAUGAAUCAGCUCCUGAGGAAAGCACAUCACAGCUCUCCUGAACAUGAGAGCAUAUUUAUAUUCAACUUAAGUGGUCUCCAGUGCUGUUUUUUGAAUCGAGUGAGCAGUGGGGUGGGAACUGUGUGUACGUGUUUGUUGCGAGUGUUUUUUAGAUAAAUGGACCUACGCUACUGGAUUUGAUAUAUCAGGCUGCUUAAUGUGUUAUCUUGAAAAUAUGGGAAAUGGAGAAGCACAUAUUUCUCAUGCAUCAACAGUUUGCAUCUGUUUGGCUUCUGCUGGAAAAAAAUGCAGGAAAAACGUGUGGGAAACUGGAUACUGCCUGAAAAAUGUUAUACCUCGUGUAAAUAUCUGUGAAUUUGUAGAAUAAAAUUAAAUUAUUAGUUUUCAUGUAAUUUUUGCAGUCAUACAACACAUCAACCUAAAUUAAAGCAUGAUUAUGCAUCGACAUUUA